GAGAGAAGUGUUUGUUUGGGGUAGGGAGCGAAAAAGGAGGAGGAAACAAUGGGCGAGGUAUCUGAAACAACCAUGACGACGACGACGACGACAAAGAGGAAGAAGAAGGGUCGUCCAUCUCUGUUGGAUCUUCAAAAACGAUCUCUCAAAAAACAACAAAAACAAAACCCCAAUUUAAUCAACGAUCCAUAUUCCAACAACAACGAUGAUGAAGAUGAACGCAAACAAAAGAAACAAAAACUCUUAAUUGGUUUGAAUUCUCAUCUCCAAAACCCAACUACAUUAUUCUCCAAUUCUCAAACUCCCCAAUUUCACCCUAAUCACCCCGGAUCAGAUCAAAACGAUGGAAAGGUUCCGAAAGCGACUGACAGUAAACAUGGUUCGCAGGUUAUGUCUGGUCCCACUACACCUUUGCCAGACAAAAAGCUCUUGCUGUUUAUCCUUGACAGACUUCAAAAAAAGGACACACAUGAGGUAUUCUCUGAGCCUGUGGAUCCAGAAGAGCUUCCUGAUUAUCAUGAUAUCGUUAAAAACCCGAUGGAUUAUGGAACUAUAAGGAAGAAAUUGGAUGGGGGAUUAUAUAUCAGCCUUGAACAGUUUGAGAAUGACGUGUUCUUGGUAUGCUCUAAUGCAAUGCUAUACAAUUCACCAGAUACCAUUUACCAUCGUCAGGCCCGAGCAAUGCAAGAGAUAGCAAGGAAGGAUUUUGAGAAUCUGAGACAAGAUAGUGAUGAUGAUGACGACGAGGAUGAUGAUAAUGACAGUGAACCACCACAACCCAAAAUUGUGCAGAGGGGAAGGCCACCAGGCAAGCGCUCAAAAAAGUCAUUGGGCAUGUCACCAAUAGAGUUUGCUGCUCCUGAAUCUUUGUCUGAUGCAACUCUUGCUUCUGGUGGGGAUACGGCUAGUGGCUCCAAUGGUUAUAAUCUAAGAAAAGCAGUAAGCAAAUUUCAGCCGACAGAUUCAUCAGCCAGGGGUCUCCAAUACAACAGUGGAGGUUAUACAAGUUGGACGUCUGAAUGGGAGAAUGAAUUUCCAGCUUCUGUUUUAAAAGCUGUGUUAAGGUAUGGAAAGAAGCAGUACACGGUUGAUGAGACCAGGCGUGACACUUACAGAAAUCCAGUUGCUGUAGGAAAUGAACCACCAGUAUUGACUGCAUUUGAGGAUAAUUCCAAGCAGCUUCUUGCAGUUGGUUUACAUGUGAAGCACAGCUAUGCAAGAAGCCUAGCCCAUUUUGCUGCAGACCUUGGUCCUGUUGUUUGGAAGGUUGCUGCUAGGAAAAUCAGUAGUGCUUUGCCACCAGGACAUGAAUUUGGUCCUGGAUGGGUAUCUGAUGAUGAUGUGUCGCAGAGGCAACACUUUGCGGUUCGUGAUGAGAGAAAUUCAGACACUCCUGUACCAGAGGAUUAUAGAAGCAGAUUUCCUUCUCCGUCAAGAACGUUCUCUCAUGCAAAUACAUCAGGCUUGCAAAGUGGAGACGUGUUGAUAAACAGAGAACCGAGUUACCAAAACGAAAUGAAUCCAGGCAGCAGUGUUAGUGGUGGGAACGAAUCCAUGAUUCAUGGGAGGAUUCAGCAGGAACCCAUGGCGCACUCUGAUGAUUUCGGUUCUAAUCGUCGGUUAGGAUCUAAUUUUUCACCUCAGAUGACGAUGGUAAGCCUUGCCGACUUAACUGGGUCUUCAAAUGCUGGUAAUGUUCCUCAAAUGUUUGGCAUGGAUACCACAAACAGCCUUUCCGGUCAUAUUGCACCUACAAAUAUAAAUCCGACAGCUCUCAAGGCUCAAUUCUUUAACAAGUCGAGUCAGUCAGAUUCCAGCAACUUAUUAGCUCUGGAAUCUGGAUUUGAUCCACAAAGAUUUUCUCAAGGGCUUACCGGAAAAUCAUCUUGGCAAGGAUUGGAAGUUCCUACUAAACAGAAUUCCGUUUCACUUGCUACUGACCUAAAUGGGAUAAUAGGGGCAACAAGUUCACGCAGUUCCAAUGUGGAGACUGGUCCUCAGCUGCAGCCAAAUCUUGCACUGCAGCUAUGAUGAUAUAUUAUUUUUCAGAUGGGAAUUUUCUCAUUGAAUUUUCAAAUGCGAUAAUGUCUUGUCAUGAGGGAGAAAGUUAAAGUUCAAUGGAUCCUAGUCACACAGUAGUAGGUUUUAUUGUAGUUUUAUUUUGUGUUUUGUUUCCUCUCAUGACAUGAAAUUGCCAUGUUGAUGAAUAAGAUGGGAAGAUCCAAAUCUCAUUUUUCUGUCAUAUGUGAUAUCAGAAGCUCUGAGAAGCUGGGCUUACAUUUUUUUUAGUUGUAGAGCCUUUACAUUGUACUUCUAUUUUACUUCAAUAUGGAUGUUGGCUGUACCAUGUUUACAGGUCGAUUGGUAUCAGCUCAGGACUAUAUGACUUACGUGUAAUUGAGACAUCAAAUGUUCAAUAGUACUAUUUCAUUAUGUCAGUUUUGA